ACAAAAGGCGACCGGGCGGCGUGCGGGACUGGCUUUGCUUCCCUCCGUCCCGCAGCCGCCCUGCGCACGGGCUCUGCUUUGGGAACUGAGCCCUCGCACGGCGCUCCACGGCUUUGGAAGUUUCUUUCCGGGCACUGAGUAAACCGAAAGGAAGUUUUGUUGGUAAUGCUGAUGGUGCUAAUGGUGUUGGUUUUAAAGGUCUCGGCUUCUGGUGACUGGUGGAUUGAGUUUCUGAAGCCAUUAGUUCAUACCGUGUGAAGUGUGGGAUCUGCAGAGCAGCCCUGUCCUCCCGAGGCCGCUGCUUUGCAGUGGGUGGCUGCUUUCUAGAGCUGAAGUACUGUUGAGAUAAUAAGAAUACCUUUUCCUCAGAAAGUACAGGGUGCUUCAGGUAUCUACAACUGUGACUGACCACAUCAAUAGGAUGCUGAUGCUUUUGGCUGUUCCUUCAUUCUUCAUGAGACAUCGACAAGAAUAACAGCUCUGGGAAGUUUCCUGGAAAAUGGGGAAGAAAGAAGGAUUGCUCACAACAAGUUAAAUAGUCCUGAGUAAUUAGUGAAAUCUGAUGUCUUUGGAUAUUGGAGAAACAAUAAAGGUGGAAUUUUGCAUUUUCUGAAGAAUAAGAUAAAGCAGCUAUGCCUGUUCAGUUGCUUAAGAUCGUUAAAGGACAGUCUGAGACUCCACUACCAAGCCAUUUGCAGAAGGAGAAUUUGCAGGAUUUGCAAGAAGGCUGUGAUCACACCAACAAAUACAUUCAGGGAAUAAUUGUUCUUUCCUACCAAUUAACAAAACUCGGAGAUGGAACAGACUUUUUCAAGAUUGUUCUUCAAGAUUCAGAUAACUUGUCUUCCCCGAUCAACAGCAUAGAUGUCUUAAUAUAUGGAAAAAUGGCAGAGGAUUGUGCAAAAAUUAUACGCCAUGGGGAAACCCUCAUAGUUGCAGGAUAUAAGGUGGUAAAAUUGCCCACAGCAAGAGAGGAUGGUAGACAUGAUUGUCAACUGGAAGUGUCUGAAGAAGUUGGAUCAGCCAUUUAUAUUUAUGCUAAACCAGGAACGACUGCUGCUUCAGAAACUGCAUCUGUGUCUGUUGCUCCGAAGUAUGUGUAUACUCCCCUGAAUCAUCUUAAAGAUGGAACUAUAGUGAACUUGUAUGGCAUUGUGAAAUUCUUCAAGCCUCCAUAUAUUAGCAAAGGAACUGAUUAUUGCUCAGUUGUAACACUCGUGGACCAAUCAAACGUGAAGUUAACGUGCAGUCUUUUUAGUGGAAACCUAGAUUGUCUACCAAAAAUUUACAAAGUUGGAGAUAUUGUUCGAUUUCAUAGAAUAAAGAUCCGGGAAUACAAUGGACAGAUGCAGGGAAUUACCAGUGGGGGAUUUGCAUCCUUAACAUUUGAUGGAACUGUAGGAGCUUCAGUAGUUCCUCGAACUUCUAGCAGAGUGUACACUUUCAUGGAUGAAGAAAAGAAAACAAUAGAAGAACUACGUAUUUGGGCAGCCAGUAAUAUUUCCAUCUCUGAACCAGCAGCAAAAUUGUCUGGUGUUCAGCCAAUGCUGUUCUUUGAUCUCACUUGUCAACUGGUAGGAAAAGCAAAAGUGGAUGGAUCUUCUUUUCUUCUUAAGGUUUGGGAUGGCACUAAAUGUCCCUACCCCACAUGGAAGGUGCCUGUGGAAGCAAAAGACCUGGAAGGAGAAAAGGUUCUUCUUCAUCAGCUGAGAAACCUAGCAGUGGACAUCCUAGUCUAUGAUAAUCAUGUACAGCUGGCAGAAUCACUUAAGAUUGGAAGUUUUCUGAGAAUUUACAGUAUUCAUACGAAACAAGCAAGUGCUGACAAUGAGGAUGUCUCACAUAUAGAAUUUCAUCUUCAUGGUGGCACCUGUUAUGGUCGAGGAAUAGGAGUCUUGCCAGAAAGUAACCCAGAUGUUAAGGAACUAAAAGCAUUCUUAGAAUCUGUGGAUCUGACAGACAGUCAGAAUAUGGAAAGCACGUGUUCAAUGGACAUAGACAGCACUUUUGGCAAUGUUUCAGAUCUUGAAUUGCCCUUACAGAGAUGUCAGCAGUUAUCUGUUACAGUAUUAACAGAUCAUCAGGAUUUGAGUAACACAGAACUGAAAACCAUAACAAACAGCCCAGCUCCUCAACAGUAUCGCAUUAGAGCAAAGCUGAGAACUUACAAACCCCAAAAGCUCCAUCAGUCUGUUAAACUUCAUUGUUCCAAAUGCAACUCUUUGCAAGAAGUUCCAGAUGGAGAUGACUUUGAGUUAAUUUUGCACGACUCUGCUGGUACUGCCCCAAACCCAGAAUUGCACAGUACAGCCUGGUAUGAAUCUGUAACAUGGACUACACAAGACCAGAGAAAGAGGGAAAUAGCCAUCCAUUUUGUGAAGCGUGAUGAAAUGCUUCAACAUCCUGAAGACACCUUGCUUAUGAUAGAAGGUGGAACACUGAAAGAAAUCUGGAAGCUUGCAAAAAGAUUUAAGUGUGUUAUUCCUGUGAGAUCCACAGAAGAUGAUCUUGAAUUGUUAGAUCUUUCAGCUCCUUUUCUCCUACAAGGGAACGUAAAAUAUUAUGGAUGCAAGCAGUGUUCAGCUCCAAAGCCUAUGAAGAAUCUAAGUUCCAUUGCAGCAGAACAGCAACCAUCAUGGGAACCAACUGAAAUAGCACAAGUUUUAGGUAUUGAAUUGCUCCAGUAUGUUUUUAUUAUGAAGUUUACACUGGUUGAUGAAACAGGAGCACUAAAUGCAUACCUUUUUGAUUAUGAGAAGUUCUUCCAAAUUCCUGCCUCUGAAAUCUUAACUAAUAAUUUUCUUCAGCAAAAGAUGCAGAUGACCAUGAAUACGCUCUGUCCUCCAGGAAGAAAAUUAGGUGACUUGCCGUGGCUGGAAUGCUUCAUCAGGUCCUAUAAUAUCAGAGAUGCAAUGAAAAAUCAAGUUUAUUACCAAAUUUUUGACACUACAGUUGCUGAAGAUGUUGUAUAGUCAUGUGUUGAUAAUUGGAAGUAAUCCAGUAAGAAUCAGUUUCUGUGGAGGGCUGGGAUCAGAGACUGUAUUUAAAAAAAAAAAAUCUUUGUUCCUUUCUUAGGAAUUCAACCUGUUUUUAUGAAUUCUUAGUUUAUGUAUGAAUGGGAAUGGGAAUUAUACUUGGAUAUGUUUGCUGUUUUUCUGGCACACAAGUUUUUGAUCUAAGGGCAGGUGGAGGUGCUGAGCUUUUCACUGGAAGCUGCCUGAUUAAGGUUGAUGAAAGCCAUCUAUCCUUCAAAAAGGCUACUCUAGGUAGGCAGGUUACUGAGGUACUCUAAAUUAGUGAAUUUUCCUCAGAAAAAUGUAGUCAGGAUGAUGCUGUGUGUUCAUUUUUGUAUUAAAUUGAGUCAACAGAGGCAGAGAGAAAGAGCUCUUCAGUAAAUUCAGCCUACUUUGUGCAAGACAAUAUUACUGUUCUCAGUUUGGCAAGGAGGUUGGCUUUUACAGACUUCUUUGAUUUGGUACUAAUAGGUACAUUUGGACAAACUCCUCCUGUUAGUAACACUCAGGUAACUGCUAUGUGUACCAGUUACUGUAGAUUCUGAUGGGGUUAUGAACAUGACCACGUAGUGAUUAUCACUAAAAUUAAAGUCAAGCCAUGAAAGUAAGGUAGUGUAAAAUUGUAAAAUGAACAUUGACAUUUGGUAGAUGGUAAUGAUUCUGAGGUGGCCUUGCUGGGUACCAAAGUUGUUAGCAUAGCAAAGUUUAUUAGCUGGGUCUGUGUUUUCAAAGGCUGGAUCUGCCUUUUCCAUCUUACAUAAUGUGCCUAAAUUUAGAGAUGCAGAACUGGUCUGGUGCUAUCCUGCACUGAAAAUUCUGCUGGACUAGAAGACUAUGUGGUGGUUUUACUUUGCAUUCUAGAAGUCCCUAGGAUAAGUUCAGGACAUGUUUCUGUAAGGAUAAUUAAUGUAGAAAUCCCUGUCAAAUCAAAUGCUUUCCAUCAGAGAAAAAUUACUUAGUAUUUACAGCAGCUGUUUUUAAAGAAUUUCAGAAGCAAGAUGGAAUAUUUGUAAGUAAAUUAUUACUUUGGUAGUAGAUGACAUUUUUUUUUGUUGUUUUUGAGGGCCGUUUAAUAGAUCAUGCCAUUUAUCUUAAAAUUUCAUCAAAUAUCCUCUGGUAAUUUUCUUGUACUGUAAAAAGUUAUACUGGGUUUAUAUGUCAUAAGCCAGACUAUUGUUCUUUGUUGAUCAGUGUAUAGGGACAACCAAUAUUAAAAGUAGUGAGUGCUUAUCUCCUUUAAAAAUUUCUAAAAGAAAAAAAAAAUGGAAUUGAAGCAGCAGCUUAUCAAAGAGUCUACUAACUUAAGAAAGUGGUGGGGUUUUUUUAAUUUUUGCAUACAAGCAUCAACAAAAAAUAGUUGCAGCAGAUGAAUAUUAUAAAACUUCAGACACUGGCCAUACUCCAGUGUUUUCACAAGUUAGAAGUUAAAUUGAAGGCAAUCUUCUUUGCUCUUCUAUUAUAUAGGGUAUAGAAAUGUGAAUUUCUGUUUUUUGAUUUUUGUUAACAACUCUGAAAGAUACUGAUAUUGUCCAUUUUUUUCUAAAUAAGUCUUCGUAAAGUAAUAAAUAAAAAGAUGUGUUGAGCUUCAGUGUAAAAUAAAUCAAUUUCCCUACAUGCCUUGUCUGAGAUCCCUGCCUAAAAACUCU